AUGGCUCCCGAGCUCGAAACUACAAGCAAGCUUCAUUUCGUGCUGACUCCUCUAAUGGCACAAGGCCACUUGAUCCCCAUGAUCGACAUAGCCAAGCUCCUGGCCCAACACGGCGUCGUAGUGACCCUCAUCACCACCCCGGUCAACGCGAAGCGGGUCCGGUCCUCGCUCGCACGUGCCAUGGAGCCACCCGGCAUCGACAUACGUGUGGAGGAGGUCGAGGCCCCGUGUGAAGAAGUCGGGUUAUCGAAACGGUGCGAGAACUUGGACCAGCUGCCUUCGUUGGGCCUAGCGAUCGCCUUCAUGAACAAGAGCGACCUUUUGUUUGGGCGGGUCGUGGAGGAGCUCUUUGAAGGCCUCAGGCCCAGGCCCAACUGCAUCAUCUCCGACAUGUCUUUCCCUUACACUAGCUUGCUUGCCAAGAAACAUGGCAUCCCAAGAAUCGCCUUCAAUGGCUUCUCAUCUCUUGCCCUGUUGUGCCUUCGCAAUGUGGCAGCCAACAUAGGGUUUCUUGAUGGUUUGGAUUCCGAUUCCGAGCCAUUCCUGGUGCCCGGGAUGCCCGACCGGAUCGAGUUGACGAAGAGCCAGCUGCCCUUGGCUAUGGUUGGUGGUGCAGUGGAUUGGGCUUGGUAUGGUGAGAGGAUAGCAGCUGCUGAAGCGAUGUCGUAUGGUACAAUUAUAAACUCGUUCCAGGAGUUGGAGCCCGAGUAUUUCGCAUUGGUCAAAGAAGCAUUGGGAGGCAAGGCAUGGUGUGUGGGCCCUGUCUCGUCGUGCAAUAAGGACCGGUUGGACCGGUCCCAAAGAGGUAGCCCGGUUGUAGUAGACGAAUCAGUAUACUCAGAGUGGCUUGACUCGCAACAACCCGAUUCGGUUAUUUAUGUUUGUUUCGGAAGUAUAUGCAACAUUGUGACGUCACAAUUGAUAGAGCUCGCGCUGGGGCUAGAAGCAUCAAACCAUCCAUUCAUGUGGGUUGUCAGGGAGGGUGAGGCCUCAGAAGAUUUGCUGAAAUGGAUGGAAGAGAGCGGUUUCGAGCAGAGGAGCAAAGGUCGAGGAUUCGUGAUCCGUGGAUGGGCGCCGCAGGUGGCCAUCCUUUCCCACCCUGCAAUUGGAGGAUUUCUAACACAUUGUGGAUGGAACUCGACAUUGGAAGGGAUAAGUGCAGGCCUACCAAUGGCAACUUGGCCACUGUUCGCGGAUCAGUUCUGCAACGAGAGAUUAAUCGUGGACGUGCUGAAUGUUGGAGUGAAAAUCGGAGCGAAGACUACCGUGGCAUGGGGACAAGAAGAGAAGGCUGGAGUGACGGUGAGGAAAGAAGAUGUGAAGAAAGCUAUAGAAGAGUUGAUGGGCAAAGGGAUUGAAAUGGAGAAGAGAAAGAAUCGAGUUAAACAACUCAGUGAAAUGUCGAAAGUAGCCCUAGAAGAAGGAGGAUCUUCUCAUACCAACAUCAAACUGCUAAUACAAGACAUUUCUCGUCAUCGUGAAGCAAACACCCUGAAAUCUUGA